GGCCCAUAAAGCUUUUAAAAAUUAUCUUAUGCAUGUCACCAGCUCUGUUUGCUGUUUGAUUGGUUGCUUAAGAUUUUAAAAGCUGUUAAAGAACCUCUAUUAGCACAAGCCUCUUGGACUUGAUAUCAGGUGACUAUCGAUGAAUUGCGAUUGCUGGUACCCGGAUAGACCGCUUUCUAUCAUAGCCCUUAGCUGCUUUUCAGAUGUUUCAGACAACAUGCUUCGGAGUUGCAGGGUCUUCCCGUUAAUCCUUAUCGCCGGCGGAACAAUCAUCGUCAUCCAGUAUGGCUUGCUGCACUUCGCUAACAAAUUCAACAAUCCUGGAUUCCUCCGAAGAGGGCUACCAUCAACGGUGAAAACAUUUGUUUUCCUGAAAACCCACAAAACUGGCAGUGGCACGCUUACUGGCAUCUUUAGUAGAUUUGCUGAUAAUCACAAUCUUGAAAUGGCACUCCCAAUGAAGGAAGUAUCGAGGUUUUCAUGGCCGUCUCCUUUCACUGUUGAUGAAGUCGAUCUUAGUCGACUGAAAAACGAAAAGGCCAACGUUCUAUGUCACCACGCUGUGUUUGGAUCAAAAUCUGAGUUUGAUAAUGUCAUGUAUCCUGGUACGAAAUACCUUACUAUCCUACGAGAUCCAGUUGAAAGAUUCGAGUCGCAAUUUUUUUACGAUAAAUUCAAUUUGCUUUUUGACAAGAGAAGUAAUGCAAACGUACUUUUAUCAUUUUUGAAUGCGAGAAAGUCCACUGGCUGGAAGUUCAAGAACAUGACGUUUGAACAAAAGGAGAUUUUAAGAUUGUUUACGAACGGUAUGCUCUUUGACUUGACGGGCGAAUUGCUGGACGAGAAGCAACGAGAGGAUGAUAUUGAUAUAUUGAUUAAGGAUACUGAAAACGAUUUUGAUCUAGUACUGUUGACAGAAUUUUUUGAUGAAGGUCUAGUCCUCCUGAGGCAAACCUUUGGCUGGACGUUCCUUGAUCUUGUUUAUAAAAGAAACCAUGUGCGUGAAAAUCGUCACAAAGAACUCCUUACAAGUGAAGUACGGGAUAAGAUCAUCGACAUAAAUCGCGGAGAUUUCAAAUUAUAUAGACACUUCUUGAAAAUAUUCAAAGAAAAAGUGCAGUUGUAUGGUGAAAAGUUCAGCCGUCACUUAAAUAUUUUUCGUAGUUUGAACAAGGAAAUUGGAAAACAGUGUCAUUACAGUAGUUUUGUUAUUAAUUUGGAAAAUGUAGAAGACUUGCUAGAUAAAUUUGAACUCAGUAGUCAAGAAAGACGUAUCGUUGGGGAUUUGAGGAAGAUCCCGCACUGUUUUUGUUCGCAAUUGCACCGAGAUGAAGUCUCCUACGUGAAGUACUUUAGAAAUAAAUACGAGCCUUAUCAUUUUGUUAAGCGUAAACAGGCACAUGAUGAAAAAUGUUUGUGACAUUAUUACUUAUGGAAGCUUGGAAACGUCAGCGAUCGUCGAUGAAAUUCUCAGAUUUAUUGUGUGUUGCUCUGGCUAUUUACUUCUGUUUUGGUUGUCAGUCGAUCUAAAGCAUAUCGAUUUUAGAUUUUCGUUCCUUUGUUGUUAUGAUUAGGCUUUCUCGAUAGAAAUGGUUUUUCCGCUACUGCAAAGUAGAUGGUUUUUUGACCUCGUCGAGGUCCCUGUGGUGCAUUUUAAUUGCUGCAUAUAAAUUCUCUCAGGAAUUUCUGAAUCGGGUAACAGAGUAGGGGCACAUGCCAUCUCCAGCUUCUCUUUCUGAGACAAAGUGCUCCUCCGACUUUGAAAUGUUUCCGACAUUCCAAUAUCUCCCAGCCGGUCCUCCAUCUUUAUUUGUUUGUGCUCAAGAUGGGUGCCCAGGCAGAGCCGUCGCUAACUAUUGUGCUCAAAGGGGGUUUCCAGGUCUCAUUUGCUGACAAACUGGGUCACCAAUCCUUUAUUUGUGGAUAAAUUUGAAAAUAUGCCGACCGUGUACUCAUAGAUCGCAAAAAACUCCUCGUUUUUGCGAAAACUCCUCGUUGAGAAAAUAAUGUGACACCAUUCUUUUCUCAAUAGGGUGUCACAAACCUAACAUCCCUCAUAGCGACGGACCAGUGUCCAGGUCCCAUUUACCAGCAACGAUAAAGAGUAGUUUUUAUUUGCUGACAAGUUUAAAAUUCGCCGAUAAAGCACUCCUAGAUAGCAAAUAACUUGGUAAAAAAGCCCUGAUGUUUAAUCCGCUGAUUAAACCUAAUCUCAUUCCAGAAAGGUGCUAAAAUAGUCUAGUUUUUGCCCUAAUUUGCGAGUAAAAAUACGAAACCGAAUACAAAUUGAAAUUGACAUAUUUCAUUGAUCGGGGAAGCAUUCGGACACUUUGGGUUUACUGUAAAUGGAAUUUGUAAAUAGUUGACGAUGUCUGUGUGACGAAACAAUAGGUUACUUGAAAGCUGGAGGGCUUCUGGCGUACAGUUUCGUCUUAUCGGCUACGAAAGAAAUGAUUAAGCUAUAGCAAUUCUUUCUCGUCGUUCUUGAUCACGAAUACAAAAGUAUUCAAGUGUUCAUUUUGAACAACACAAAGAAAUUUCGGCAUAAUGCACCCCCUGGUAUUCCCUUCUUGGAAAACAUAGAACUGAUAGAGCUUUCUCUAGAUAUUUUAGCCCCCCCCCCCAGCUAAAAAUGUUGCGGGACAGUGGCUCAAUCACAGUCCUGCUCUAUCACCACAAACCAAAGUGCUAUCCAAGCCUAGCACAAUUGAAAAAUUAAGCAACAAGUCUUGGCUUCAAACUGCACCAUGAAACCAGCUAAGAAAUGUUUGGUAUUAGUAAAGUUCCUUGUUUAAAUAAUGGGUGUUUGUUAAAGGUUUUGGAAUUUCACAUAUGAUGAAAUGGAAGAAGUUGAUCAAACGGG